AUGGCCGAUUUAACAGCAGCAGUAUCUAGCUUGCCAGUGAUCCAUCAUAAGCAACCUAUGAAGGCUUCAUCACCAACGCGAUAUGCAGCAAGUGGCAGAGAGCCAAUCACUCUACGCAAUUUAAGAAAUAAACAUUUACGCUACAUGAACAGUGUCAAGAAGGAACAAAAUCAGUUAGAGAAGGAAAUCAGUAGAAUUAAAACGGUGUUAGAUCCUCGAGAUUAUCGCCGAGCUUCUAAAGCAAGGCGAAGGCGUAACAACAGGAAUCAUUCCAUUGCAAAAGCAAAAUUAGGCCUUGAUAUGCUAAACGACAGCCGUUCAACUUCUGAAUCUUCAAAUUCAUUACGCAAAAAGAGCUUACCUGUCAUCAAUGAAUAUCAAAGAAAUGGACAUUUGGCAAAGCAAACAUCGGAAGAGCCCUGCCAACGUGUUAAGUAUAACGAAAUGGACAGAAAUGAUGAAGGUGAAUGGUUUAAUGCUACUCCCAAAAAUACGUUUGAUAUGAUGUUACUGCAAAAGAAAAGAGAUCAACGGCGUACAAUUUAUAAAAUUUUAUUAGAAGAAUGCGACCUGCAAGAACAGGUGGAUGAUGUUCCGCGUCACUUGCAACAGCAGGAUCAUGAUCAAAAUAAGAAAUAUAAUACUAAAGGGCGUCGCAAAAAGGACAACUUAAAAGUUGAAAUUGGUGAAGUCAGAGAAUUAAUUGAGAAAAGACUAGCUAUCCAUGAUCAUUACCAAGAGAAUCCCCUUGAUGAUUUAGCACUAUUUUCAAAACCACACAACAAAGGCACUGUCAAUAGUCCAAUUGCAACGGAUAGGAAAAACUUAUCAAAUCAAUUUAAUGAUAAAGACCUUCAAAAAUCUUUACUAGAUCAACUUAAAACUGAGAAAUUAAUUUCUUCGCAAUUAAGUUCAUGGCUUAGAGUUGUCAAAGGACCGAGAGCAUCGAAAAAGAUUUUUUAA